GCAACCUCUGGCCAACUUGGGGCAACAGCCCCCGCGGCGGCAGCGGCGGCAGCCGCGGCAGCCCGAGGAGCCCCCGCAGCAGCCCCAGGAGCCCCCGCAGCAGCCCCAGGAGGACCUGAGGCCCGAGGUGCUCCGCCUUCGCGAGAGGGUGGCGCACCUCGAGGCUCUGCUGCAGGUGCCGCCGAAAAUGUGCCAUGGAUGCUGCCGCCGGCCCCGAGGAAAAUGCGAGUCUCAUGUGGGUGUGUUCGACAUGCGUCGAUAAAGUGGUCAAGACGGAUAGGUCCAUGAGGGACCACGUAAAGAAAAAACGCCACAAAAUGCAGUGGGAGAGAGUGUCUGAAACAGAGUACACUCAACACAUGAAGCAGUACGGCGGGCGGGCCAAGGACAGGCAGCCGCUGGCUGUGCUGCCCCAGCAGCCCCAGCAGCCCCAACAGCCCCACCAGCCCCCGCCGCCGCCGCUGCAGCAGGAGGUGGCGGAGCUGCGAAGCCAGGUAGCCACACUCCAGGCCGAGGUGGAGGAGCUGAAGGCGCGGCAGGAAGGGAUAAGAGUUUACAACUUAAAAGGAGGAAACGAUCUUUUGUCACAGGAGAGAGAACAAUUGACUGAAGAAAUAAGAAAGUUGAAAGCAGAGUAAGAAGAAACCAAAGAAAUGGCUGAGGCCAGCUUUCUAAGCAAAAGAUGUCCUACAAAAAAUUUGGAUCAUGGGCUAAUUGGCUGAGCGAUAGCGAAGCCUGUUACUCCAGUGGGGUUCAAAAGUUUUUCCUGUCUGUCCGUCUGUGUGUCCGCACUACUCCUCCUGAACGGCUCAGCCGAUCUCGGUGAGAUGUAGCACACUUUUUAGGCAGAUCAUUAUUUUCUUAAAGAUACGAGGGUCCAGCCCGGACAAGUGAAAAAGUUACAAGGGUCAAGAUUGAGUUCUGUACAUGAACCAACUCUAGAGGGAAGGGGGGUCUGGGGGGGGGGGGGAGCCCCCCAGCACGCAUCAAGUUAAAAGCAACCGAAGAUGAACAAGCCAUUGCCUGCCGAAGGCAGGCUAGCGCCGCAGGCCAAGGUACGUACGCCAGGCACGGAUUGGAAAAACAGGCAGCGAGACAUCGCGUAGCCUGUUACGACAAGACGUGGUCUGGCGUAAACCUAACUUGUAAUCCAGCAGCAUGCGAAACGAAAAAUGCUUCAGACAGUUUUUGAAUUGACAGUAAAGAAUCUUGUGCAAAAUAAAUUGUUUUGUAGA